AUGAGGCAGCUCAAGUUUCAUGAAAAGAAACUCCUAAAGAAGGUCGACUUCUUGCAGUGGAAGAACGAGCACAAUCAGCGCGAGCUGCAGGUGAUCAGGAGGUAUCACAUACAGGACAGAGAAGACUACAAAAAGUACAAUAAGAUCUGCGGCAUCGUCACAAAGCUGGUCAACGUGAUUAAGAGGCUAGACCAACAGGACCCUGUUCGCGUGGAGCUCACAGAACAGAUGCUGGACAAGCUGUACAACAUGGGAGUCAUUUCGACCAAGAAGAGCCUGGUCUUGCUAGAGAAGCUAUCCACGUCAUCCUUCUGCCGGCGACGCCUCUCUGUGGUCAUGCUGCGCCUGAAAAUGGCCGAGACGCUGCGGGAAGCCUGCACCUUCAUCGAGCAGGGGCAUGUGCGGGUGGGGCCAGAGGCCGUGCUGGACCCAGCAUUUUUGGUGACAAGGCCCAUGGAGGACUUUGUGACAUGGGUUGACACAUCCAAGAUCCGGCGCAAGGUCAUGCAGUACAAUGACAAGCUGGAUGACUACGAUCUCCUUGUCUAG